AUGGCCAAGAUGUGGGAAUUCGACGCAUUCCUGGAGGACGGCGAUGAAGACUUUGCUUCGUACGUGGAAAGAUUCGAGCACUACUGCGAAGUAGCCAACGUACAAGAGGAGAAGCUUAAGAAGUCAGCCUUCAUAACGGCCAUUGGCAAGAAUGCGUACAAGACGCUCAAGGAUUUGCUUCUACCGGCGACCCCUGCGGAGAAAAGUUUCGAAGACCUGGUCAAGGUACUGAGUGACCAUUACGAGCCUGCAAGCCGAAUCAUCGCAGAGCGAUUCAGAUUCAACAGGCGGUACCAAGCGGAAGGUGAGACAGUAGCGACGUUUGCAGUUGCACUGAAGCACUUGGCCGCUAAAUGCAAGUACGGCACAUUCCUUGACGACGCACUACGCGACCGGUUCGUCGCUGGACUGCGAAACCCUGCCAUUCAGACGGGUCUACUAAAAAAGAAGGAGCUGUUGUUUGAAUCUGCUUGCGACUUUGCCAAAAGCGUUGAAAUGGCGGAACAGGAGUCGAUGGGGUUUCGACCUGGCAGUGGAACGGAAGCCGAUGUCCAUGCGAUAAGGAAGACAGGCAGGAAAGCGGCAUUUGCCGGCAAGCCAGAAGACCUAUGGAAGCAGCUAGUGAAUCCUCCCCCGCUCACACCGUCUACGGUUAAGCUGAAGACUUACGGAGGAGCACCGCUGGAAGUGAAGGGGCAAGCCGAGGUUCCGGUCGAGUACAACGGACAGCGCAAAAUUCUACCAGUAGUUGUGGUGCCAGGAAACAAGCCAGCGCUACUUGGACGCGAUUGGAUUGAGAACCUAGACGUCGUAUUGAAUGGCAUUCACAAGGUGCAAGCGGAGCUUACGGCUGACAACCUUGUGAAAAGUGCACCAGCAGUAUUCCAAGCAAUCAUGGACGAGUUGCUGAAGGGACUGUGUGGAGUAGUUUGUUACCUUGACGAUGUGCUUAUCACAGGUGCCGACUACAACGAAUGCCUGGCACGUGUAGAAGCAGUCCUGCAGCGCUUCGAGAAGCACGGCGUCAAAAUGAUGUACGCGUUCGAUAGCAACCAGAUUUAA